ACCAAAGUCUGAUAAGCUACUGACAACACAGAUUGUCACACCCCUCCUUGGAUACUGUGAUCGUCAAUAAUAAACAAUGAAGGCAUUACUUUCAGCAGUAUUUCUACUAAUUGGGCAUGUCUGGGGUGACACAAGCCCCCCCUGCCCCACGGGAUCGGGGUGGGUGACAGGGACCAACUACUGCUACUUCUUUAACAACAAGGACAGAGUGACGUGGGCCGACGCUCAAGAUGAAUGCAGUACAAGGCUGGCCAAGUUGCUGAGACUGGAGAGUAUGGAUGAGUGGACAUUUGUGAAGAACAACAUGGCCCUUGACCAAAGUGGCAACGGUUUCUGGACGGCUUUAAAUGACCGUGACCCGUCCGGCACAGGCGCUGGAACUGGAAUCUGGCUUUGGGGCACUGAUGAAUAUACAAUUGAUUCCGUUGUAAAGUCCCAUUGGGAUAAGGAACCAGAUAACAAUGAUGACGAAGACUGCAUCGCCAUGAACAGCGUCGCCACGCUCAGCGACGAACACUGUUCCAGCAAGAUGGGCUAUAUUUGUGAAAUUAAUAUGACGGAUACUUGCCCCUUUGGUUGGCUACAAGGAGGGGGGAAUUGUUACUUGGUGAGCAACACCAGUGACAUCGCCCAGUUCCUAACCUGGGACGCAGCAAACUCACUUUGCCAGAACACAGAUACCGGGGGCAGGGGAACAGCACACUUGGUGACGCUGGACACGGUGAAGGAAUCGACCUUCUUCACCGAGAAAAUGCCGACACAAUGGUCGGCGAGAACCACUCAGAAGUGGUGGACAGACCUAACGGACAAGCAAAAAGAGGGGGUGUACAAGUGGAUGAAUGGCAACGUUUUCAAUAACAGCUUAGUGAAGUGGACCCAGGAGCCUGACAACAUCUUGGGCCGGGAACACUGUGCCACCAUCCUACAGAAGGGCACUUUCAGCGACAGGGACUGCACCCAGAGCAACAACUACAUCUGCAGGAAGGAACAACCCAGUCAGCAGUAUACGGUCAACUUCGGCUGCGGAGACUGGGAGAGGGCGGGACAGAAGUGUUACCAGACCAUCUCCUCGCCUACCAAGUCCUGGUCAGACGCCAAGACAUCCUGCCAGUCGCUGGGGGGUAAUCUGAUGAAGAUAGAAAAUCACGAUGAAAUGCACUGGUUGAGUUUCCAGUCGAAGACGUCGAAGAUGUCCUAUGGCGGCUACUGGAUUGGCCUCAAUGACCAGUCCAGCAUGGAUCAUGUCAAUUGGAACUGGGCGGACGGAAGCAAGGCCGAUACGUCCUACUUGGUAUGGAAUCAAGAGCCCGACGACCUGAACGGUGAUGAGGACUGCGCCGCAUUGGGAACCGAUGGCGUCUACACCGACUGGAACUGCGAGCACUUCCAUAAUGGAUUCAUCUGUGAGAAACCAAAAAAAAAUCAGGCCUGUCCUACCAGUUGGGUUCUCAACAGCGCCAGCAACACGUGCUACCUCAUCGCCUCGAACUGGACCACUUGGCACGAGGCCUCGGGCAAGUGCCCCACGUUGUCGGGGGAUGGUUCCGGUACGUUACUGGCAAUAGACACACAAGCGGAACAGGAUUUCAUUCUGGGUCAGCUGGCCGGCGUGACAAAAAGUCCCUUCUAUUUCUGGACGGGUCUGACGGACAGGGCACUGGAGGGCCUAUGGCAGUACAGUAGGAGUGCCGACAACUCUCCCACGGCCCAAGGGCUGAUUAAAUGGAACACGGAACCGAACAACUGGCAUAACAAUGAGCACUGCGUGAGCACCGCCUUCGGGGGCCGCCUAAACGACGCCACGUGUUCAGCCAAGUCGGGUUACAUAUGUGAGAAGUAUGCUUCAGGCUACUCGACUGCCGGAUUAACAACCUUGCCCUUCAAUGAGCUGACCUUGACCGUAAUUGCUCUCUUGACCUUAACCAUGGGACACUGACACCUACCUUCGUCCUGCUUCAUAUUGGGUGCUAUUGUCUAGAUUGUUAAAUUUGUGUAUUUUGGUAUCUUUUUGUGUACAUUUUGACGGACAUCGAAAACUCGUGUAAACCCUGUCCUUCUGAGAUUCACACACACAUUCUUAGCAUAUCUCAACGCUACCUGUCCUGCGAUAGUAGCGAGAAGGCAAUUAAGACAAUCACAGUCAAAGAGAACUUUUUUGUUGUAUUUGAAUACUUCUUCGAGGUUUGUUCUGUCGAUAUGGUUCUUUGGACCCUGAAAAUAAUAUCGACAAAAAUAUUUCAUCUACUUAAGAAAUAUCUACCCCAAAGAGGAUUUUGCGACUUCGGGAACACCAUGACACAUCUGUACCUGCAUCAUCAACAUUAUCAGUUGUGGUGAAGCUAGAUGCUCGCGAAGGUGAUCUUAUCCUGCCCCACCAGUGACACUCGUCACAAACACACGCAAAGGCUAGUCAACUGUUCAUCUUAGUACAGAGGAAUAUAUACUGCAAGUAAAGAACACCAACGUCUUUCGCGAGGACACGUCUUGGGAAAAAACAUUCCAGCACCUUUACGGUUCUGGGUCCCGAUCCACAAACAUUCGUAACGUUACGACCUGUCGUAACUCUAUAGUUUAUCAUAGGCUUACGGGUGUCGUAGCGCUACGAACGCUUAGUGGAUCGGGACCACACUUAUACGCACUUAUAAUACAGAUGAAUCUUAUGACAUGUGACCAAUACAAUAUCAACACUGGAAUUGUGUGUCAUUCCUUUUAUGUUGCACGUUGUUACGAACAAAUGAUGUCAGAUACCCUUCUUCGUAUGUCACACUGCUCAGGAAUACGUAUGACGUAUUCGUUUGCCACAUAUAUACUCCUCCGUUUUUAUUAGGGACUGAUUUUACAUUCCAUGAUACACAAAAUUGAUACUCAUAAUGACAUCCAAAUAUAUAUUGGUGUUUGUUUUCAACUCAUUGCACAUAUGAAUAAACAAUUUUACUUUGA